GCUUCAUUGCCCAGCAACAGAUCCUUCGCAUGCAAGAUGCUGGAAUUGUUUACUGUUGUCGAUAAUGUAUAUUACAUCACUAUUGCUUCUAUUGGCAUCCCUGUUAACACACUGGCAAUUGUGAUCCUGUCCCUCAGAAAAUGUGGCCUCUCCAGAUGCACCACUCAUUACCUCGUAGCCAUGGCAACAGCGGAUCUGAUGGUCAUCAUCACUGAUAUUGUGUUGUACCAGCUGGUUCACUCCUUUUACCGCGGAUCGUUCCUGCAUCUUACACCAGCGUGCAUUGUGAUUGACUUCCUGCUUUUUGUGAGUUCAGACUGUUCUGUCUGGUUCACUGUCACUUUCUCCGCUGACCGGUUUGUGACCAUUUGUUGCCGGAAGCUGAAACUGAAAUACUGUACUGUGAAAACAGCAGCUGUUAUUCUUUCAACAGCCUGCACUGUAUUCUUUCUAAAAAAUGUUCCUAUUUUCAUUAUGCGGGAAACUAAGAUUGUGGUUGACAAUGUACACUGGUCUUGUCAAAUGAAGCCAAGUUAUUAUACUGAAGUCGGGUGGGUAGUUUAUGACUGGUUUGAUAAAGUGUUAACACCAUUACUCCCAUUCAUUUUAGUUUUGCUCUUCAACGCUCUGACAGUCAGAUCCAUUUUAAUGGCGAAUCGGAUCCGUAGAGGAUUGAGGAGUCAGAACACGGAAGAGAAGCAUAGUGACCCUGAGAUGGAGAGCAGAAGAAAGUCAAUGAUUUUACUGUUCGCCAUAUCUAGCAGCUUCAUACUGCUGUGGUCACCCUAUGUAAUAAAUUUCUUAUAUUAUCAAACUGUAGCAAUCGAUCCCAGAUUUUACAAUGACAGCUUGUACAUAUUUGAAAGAGUUGGAUAUAUGCUGCUGGGCCUGAGUUGUUGUACAAAUGCGUUCAUUUAUGGAGUAACUCAGUCUAAGUUCAGGGAACAGUUCAUCACCGCAGUAAAAUACCCAUUGGCUUUAAUUAACAGAGGCCUAACAUUUAAACUGAAUUGAUAGCAAUCAGUAAGACGGUACCAUUUCCACCUGCUUUCGGAAGUGCAGUGUUCAGUUGUAAACAUCCGUCGACUGAUUCACAUCUAAAAUGUUUAUAUGUAUGGCAAUACGGAUA